AUGGCACGCUUCACAACCCCAGCCGAUAUCCCCUCGACAGUGGAGAAAUACGUAAUCACCGGCACGUUCAUAGACGCGCCUACGCCUAAGGCGCUGAGGGUCAGGGAGAACUGUGAAAUUGUUGUGGACGCGAGGAGCGGGAGGAUCGAGGCUAUCAGGGAUGCAGACGUAGGGGCGGUGGGAAAUAGAAAGAGUGAUGCCGAAAAGGAGAAAGCGGGGGCCGAAAAUAUCGUGAGGGUGGAUAUGGGGGCGACACAGGUGGUGUGCCCGGGAUUGAUCGAUUGUCAUGUGCAUGCGCCCCAGUUUCGUCAGUUAGGCACUAAGACCGAUGUCCCGCUGGUCGAAUGGCUUGAGAAAUACACCUUCCCCGAAGAAGCUGCCUUCACAUCCAUUACCCAUGCCGAGCGGAUCUACACAGCUCUUGUUCGCCGCCUUCUACGGAACGGCACAACUACAGCUCUCUAUUUUGGCUCUAACCACCUCCCUGCAACCCAGGUCCUUGCUGAUACCUGUGCUAGAUCUGGACAGCGUGCCUUUGUGGGUAAAACGUGUUCUGACCAAUUCUUACCAGACAACUAUGUAGAGACAACGGGGGCCUCGUUAAAAGAUACGGAGAGUUUUAUAACUUACUGCAGAGAAAAGUGGCCAUCAGAGGCUGGGUUGGUGAAGCCAGUUGUUACACCGCGCUUUGUCCCGACUUGCUCUGCCGAGCUCUUGGACGGGCUGGGUAAACUAGCAGCAAAGUAUAAUUGCCAUGUGCAGACCCAUGCUUCGGAAUCAGUUGAUGAGGUCGCGUGGGUGGCGGAGCUGUAUCAGAACGAAAAACGCGAUAUUAAGAUCCUACAAAGAUUCGGCCUACUAACAGAUAAGACCGUCCUUGCUCAUUGCUGCCAUCUUUACGACGAGGAGGUGGGGGAAGUCGUAAGGGCGGGUGCUGCUGUUACCAGUUGUCCCUACUCGAACAUCCUCUUUGCACGUGCCACGGUGCCGAUACCGCACUUCAAGUCGCUGGGUCUAAAGAUCGGGAUGGGCUCCGACAUUGCGGGCGGCAUGUCUUCUUCCCUGUGGACAAAUAUGCGUCUUGCCACGCUCCAAGACCGGAUCGAUUCUUUUUCUCCGCGCGGUGGUGAUAAGCCCGCGGGGAAGGAGAACUGGGUCGUGGACUAUAAAUAUGCUUUCCACGUUGCGACCGUUGGUGGCGCGGAGGCGCUGGGUAUUGGGAAGGAGGUGGGAUUGUUUGAGGUGGGGAUGAGGUGGGAUGCGCUGCUGGUUGACUAUGGGCUGGAGGACAUGGCGUUUGAGAACCUGCGCGAUGAUGGGGUGAGCGUGGUGAAUGUGAGAGAUGGGUUUGAGAGAUUCGUAAAUUGUGGGGAUGAUAGGAAUAUCGUGGGGGUUUGGGUGGAUGGAAAGAUGGUUUGCGAGAGGAAGUGA